CAUCCCCGCGCUAGCUUAAUCACCCCUCGCUCCGCCAGCCUCACCACCCUCCGGUGGCCGGACGAGGAAGCCAGCUGCCAAGAGGAAAGUAUAUACACCGAUUCGCGUGCCCGCAAUGGACGCCGCCGAGCUGCCACCACCGGCCGCGCCGAUGCGCGCGCUGGUGCACGCGCCGCCGCCGACCACCCCCUGGACCACGGGCCUGUACGACUGCACCGAGGACCGCGGCAACUGCUGGCUGACGUGCCUCUGCCCGUGCAUCACGUUCGGGCUGGUGGCGGAGAUCGUGGACCGCGGCGCCAUGGCGAGCGGCGCGAGCACGGCGCUCUACAUGCUGGUAGGGCUGGCGUCGGCGUGGUGGUUCACGCCCAUCUACACCUGCUUCUACCGCACCAAGAUGCGCGCGCAGUACGGCCUCCAGGAGGACCCCUACCCGGACGUGUGCGUCCACACCUUCUGCGAGUGGUGCGCCCUCUGCCAGGAGUACCGCGAGCUCCACAACCGCGGCUUCAUCAUGGACAUCGGGUGGCACGCCAACAUGGAGAUGCAGCAGCGCGGCGGCGGCGGCGUGGCGACGGUGCCGCCCGCCAUGCACGUAGACGGGAUGACGCGGUGAUCGUCAUCGUCGGCGCAAGAGCUAGCUAUAGCUUAGCCACCCCAGCUGUUGGAUAUAUAUAUCCAGAUCUAUAUAUAUGCGCCUUCCAUCUCGAUCCAUGACGCGAGAGGAGUAGCUACGUACUUCUUCUUAACCAGGACAAGUUAUCUGGAGAGAGGGGCUCUUACCUCUUACUCUUAGUGCAGACGUUCGGCCAGAUCGUUGCCAAGCUGCCAAGGCCGUCGGCAAUGCCGCCUUCGACGCUGUUUCAACCUUCUCUACUAGGACGGUGUUCGAGCUUGAAGGCAGACUCCAUCGUCAAGCGGUGCUUGUUUCUCUAUCACUUUAAUCUUAGGUGGUUGUAUAGGGUGGCUUGUGUAAGUUUGUUUUUUUAAUCUGUUUUCCCCCACACUGGUAUUGUAUCUUUCGGCCGUUGGUUUUUUUAUUGCUUUGUUGGUGUAGUUGAUCGUUGUGCUUGUUGGUUGUAACCCUGACCAGUCGAUGGCAUUGCUAAUUUAAAGCCGGGUU